AUGAGUAGACCUUUCAAUAAAGUCGUGAUCGUCGGGGCUGGCCCCUCAGGCCUGCUCCUCGCCCUGCUCCUCUCCAAACACGGCAUCCGAGUCCACAUACUCGAGGCCGAGGACCAUCUCGACCAGCAACCCCGAGCCGCUCACUACGGCCCUGCCGCCAUACCCGAACUCAUGCGCGCGGGCAUCCUGGACGAGGUGCGCCGCCGCGGGAUGACGCACAGCAAGUUCGUCUGGCGUCGUUUCGAGGACCACAGUGUCAUUACGGGUUUUGACGCAGGCGUGCUCCGCGACGUCAACGGCAAGGAUCUGCGGACCACGUGCCUUGUUCUACAGGAGCUCGACCAGCUCAUGCUGGAUGAGUUUCUGGACAAGUACAACGGGUCCAUCAGCUGGCAGCACCGGGUGGUCGGGCUAGGACAAGACGACAAGCAGGCCUGGGUCGACGUCGAAACUCCCGAGGGCAAGAAGCGAGUGGAGGCCGACUACAUUGUCGGCUGCGACGGAGCCAACAGCGCCGUGCGCAAGGGGCUCUUUGGGAACGAGUAUCCGGGCUGGACGUGGGACCAGCAAAUCGUCGCGACCAACACCUACUACGACUUCGCGGGCAAGUUCGGGUGGCACGACGCCAACUUCAUCAUCCACCCGGAGCACUUCUUCAUGGCGGCCAAGAUCACGAACGACGGGCUGUACCGGGUCACGUACGGCGAGGAGCCGAACCUCUCCCACGAGGAGCUCAAGGCGCGCCAGGAGGAGAAGUUCAGAAUCAUGCUGCCGGGGCAUCCCGGGCCUGACGAGUACAAGGUCGUCAACUUUGCGCCGUACAAGAUGCAUCAGCGGUGCGCCCCGCGGUUCCGGUCCGGGAGGUUCAUGCUGGCCGCGGACGCCGCGCACUUGUGCAACCCCUGGGGCGGGCUGGGCAUCACGGGAGGCUUCGUAGACAUCGGUGGGCUGUAUGAUUGUCUCGCCGGGGUGUGGGACGGCCUGGCGGACGAGAGCAUUCUGGACUUGUACUGCGAGAAGAGAAGGGAGAAGUGGAAAACGGUCAUCGACCCGAUCUCGCAGGAGAACUUCCGGAGGGUCUCGGACGCGGAUCCGGCGACGAGGGUGGAGAGGGACGGCUUCAUGCAGAUGUGCGAGCGCGCCCAAAAUGAUCCAGACUUCAUGCGGGAGUUGAUGAUGGGGACCUUUGAUGUGCGGUAUGAUUUUACCCAGCACUACAAGGACCUUGACGCGAAGAAGGUAAACGGCGGUUGA